CAGCCCUCCACCCUCCUAGCAAAGCUGCGCUGGCCGCCCGCGGAGGGGAGGUUGCAGAGCGAGGGCAGGAGGACUACUUCCCAGCACCCCAGCCUCCUGCCAUGUCUGACCCCAUCACGCUAAACGUUGGGGGUAAGCUCUAUACAACCUCCCUGGCGACCCUGACCAGCUUCCCUGAUUCCAUGCUGGGUGCCAUGUUCAGUGGGAAGAUGCCCACCAAGAGGGACAGCCAGGGCAACUGCUUCAUCGACCGCGACGGCAAGGUGUUCCGCUACAUCCUCAACUUCCUGCGGACCUCCCACCUGGACCUGCCGGAGGACUUCCAGGAGAUGGGCCUGCUCCGCAGGGAGGCCGACUUCUACCAGGUGCAGCCUCUGAUUGAGGCCCUGCAGGAGAAGGAGGUGGAGCUGUCCAAGGCCGAGAAGAACGCCAUGCUCAACAUCACGCUGAACCAGCGUGUGCAGACGGUCCACUUCACCGUGCGUGAGGCCCCCCAGAUCUACAGCCUCUCCUCUUCUAGCAUGGAGGUCUUCAACGCCAACAUCUUCAGCACCUCCUGCCUCUUCCUCAAGCUCCUUGGCUCCAAGCUUUUCUACUGCUCCAAUGGCAACCUCUCCUCUAUCACCAGCCACUUGCAAGACCCCAACCACCUGACUCUGGACUGGGUGGCCAAUGUGGAGGGCCUGCCGGAGGAGGAGUACACCAAGCAAAACCUCAAGAGGCUCUGGGUGGUGCCAGCCAACAAGCAGAUCAACAGCUUCCAGGUCUUCGUGGAGGAGGUGCUGAAAAUUGCUCUGAGUGAUGGCUUCUGCAUUGAUUCUUCUCACCCACAUGCUGUGGAUUUUAUGAACAAUAAGAUUAUUCGAUUAAUACGGUACAGGUAAAAGGACCCCAGCAACACUGGAGGAGGGCCUCCCAAAGCCAACAUCUUGCAGAGUGUCUCGCUGGUCGCGUGACACAGGGCACUAUACUAAUCUGCAUUAAUCGCAUAGCAGGACUUGAUUCCCCCUCUGAUGCAGUCCAUCUGUAGGAAUCCAUGUGUCCUCUCAACAGAGCCACCUUUUUCCUUGCCACUCUGAGCUAGAGAUGGGCAGUUUGCUAUGACAAGCACAGAGCUAACGUGUCUAACGGGGGCUACCGUAAGACUUUAUGGCUAGACCAGGGAACAGCAGUUUCUUUCUGGGCUCCAGCUCUCUCUGUCCCAUUAGGCAAUGCCUCACUAGCCAUCUGUAAACAGAGCCUCUGGGGGAGGGGCUGGGAUGCGAACAAGAGAUUCCCUCUUGUUUCCCAGGACAUGAAGUACCCAGAGAUUGCCAUCCUGCCUGUUCCUCCAUCCCUGGUUGCCAUCAGGACCUUGGACUUGUUUGGCUGGCUUGGAAAUGAAGUGGGUAAUGGGGGCGGGAUUUGAGCCUGGCAUGGCCUAGAGGAGUGAGUCUCAGGCAGGAUUCAGAAGAUGGGGAUAUCCCUGUUCACUGAGCCAAAUCUAGGCAUUUGGGGAUUUCUGGCUUCAGAAAUGAGCUGCUGUUCCUGUGAAGAUUUGAAAGUAUCUGGAGCCAGUGCAAUGAAAAACACUUCAUAACGUGGCCUGUUACCUGACCUUUGUAAUCUUUUCCCCAAGAAUUUGAAGCAUCAUUGAAACAGGUUAUUUUGAACAAAUAUAUUGUGGACUCUCAGGGCUGGAAAAUAAUUUAGAGAUCGCUUAGUCCUCCCCCGCUCCAGCACAACCUAGCACCAUCUGGGGCUGAGGGCUUCUCCCCAGCCAGUACCUUCGAGUGAUCACCUAGCCCUGCUUGCAGACCCUCGGCGACAGGAAGUUUGUCAUCCCCAAGGCCAGCCCUUGCCAUGGUUGGCUGUUAGAAAGUCAUUCCCUGUAUUGAGCCAAAAUCUGUCCUUCUACAGCCAUUUUCUGGUCUUGGUAGACCUUCCUUCUCACCCACGUAUGUAUUUUCUUUUUCAAAAUAGUCACUUUGAGAGGCCAGGUACCUAAUUCUGAAAAUAUCAUUACUUGGAUUCCCCUUGGGAUUGUCUUCGGAACCAAGGUUCACCCCCUGCAUUCUCUGUAAGUCACCCCCAUUUCGGUAUGGCUUCACUUUGUGGCCCUCCUUCCUCACCACCCACGGCUCUGCAUAGCUUUGACCAUCUUCUGGUGAGGUCGAAGAUUGCUUCCCCAGAGGAAGGAGACCAGGGCUGGGCAGUGUGCCGCAAGGAGCCUGGGACUGGUCUGAACCAUAGCACCACCCUUGGAGUAAGUGUCCAGCCCCUGCGACACUGCUUGAAGAAGGUGGCCUUCCCGUGUGGCACUGGUUCUGGUCAUAACCAGCCCAGGGACCUCCUUGGGGUAAGACCCAGGAAAAGACACCCAAGCCACCACUUCCUAGGGGGUGAUGAGCAGUGCAGACCUCGAAGCUGCACAUUAUGAUUCAUCCCUGGAGUGCGGGUAACUUUAGGUGUCCCAGAAUCUUCCCACUGGGCAGAGGCCCUCAGGCAAAGCCAGAGAAGUCUGGUGACACAGGCACCCACAGGGGAUGGGCUAGGGAAGGGGCCUUUCAUAGGUACGCCCUGUGAGUGGGGACCCUGUAUACUGGACUGUGGGCAAGGCUGCAUCCCUUAUGUAAUAAAAGGCUUUUCCCCCUACAGUGGGACCCAGGAGUCUCUGAUAACUGUCCCAGGCCACCAGGCUAAGGGUACUCUGGAAAGCCACUUAGGAGAACCCAGUUUAGACCAACCAGCAGAGGCUGCGACUGCAACAGAACAGUUUAAGAAAGAAAUCUCAUAGAUCACCAUUGCCCUUUUUUCCUUUCCAUAAAAUUUCUUUCUCCAUCUUUUUGGUGCUUCUUAAUUCAAGCAGCUUGAUUUUGAGAAAAGUGCAAGACCUAUGAUGCCACUAAUUUGCUGUGUGACUUUAUGAAAGUCACCCACCUCACUGAGCCACCUCUGUUUCUUCAUCUGUGAAAUGGGUAUAAUAGUAACACAUAACCCUA